GGGCACCAUGAUGACCUCGGACGAGCUCGACUGGCUCGUGUACAGCUACCUCGAAGAGUCGGGCUACCACCACACGUCCUUCUCGCUCCUCAACGAGUCGCGCCUCGCCGGGCCCUCGACCUCGUCCGCCUCGCCGUCCUCGCUGCCCAACGGCUCGUCGUCGUCCGCCGCUGUCGCCGCUCCUCCACCACCAUCAGCGCCGACGGGAGGCGCGACGGCGAGGAACCCCGUCAUGGACCAGGUCGUGCCGCCGGGCCACCUCGUGCGCCUCCUCCAGAAGGGCCUCCUGUACCUCGAGGCAGAGGCGCGCUACCGUGGCGACCCACCAGCUCCAGCACCCCGCCUCAUCGGCUACCCGAUCCCGUCCUCGCUCCCCCUCCCCUCCCUCCCCAAGUACGUCCCGCCCGCCGCCGCCGCACCGACCCCGACCCCGACGCCGACGCCGCCGACGUCCAACGCCAACGCCGGCACCGCCGCCGACGCCAAGGGCAAGGGCAAGGCGCGACAACCGGCCGCUCCCGCUCCCGCUCCUGCCGCACCACCCGCACCAGCAGCGCCGGCACCCAAGCGCAAGGCGGACAAGGACAAGGCGCAGGACAAGGCGCAGGGCGACGAGGGCGCCGCAGCGUCGGCUUCGGCUUCGGCGGCGGCGGCGGCCGAGCGCAAGCGCGCGAGGACGACGAGCGGCGAGUCGGCGGCGACGCCUGCGGCUGCGGUGGCCGGGGCCAAGAAGGGCAAGGGGAGGGAGCGCGAGAGGGAGAGGGACAAGGAGAAGGAGGGUGCGGCGAGCGAGGGAGGCGCGGGCGCAGGGGCGGCGCAGAGCAGGGGCGCCAAGGGAAAGGGGCAGGCGCAGGGGCAAGCGCAGGGCAAGGACGCCGAGGGCGACGUCGCCAUGGACGACGCGGCGGGGCCGUCUGCGCACGGCCUCGGGUCCGCCGCCGCGUCGGCGUCAGCGGCCAAGGCCAAGGAGCGCCCGCAGCAGCAGCAGCAGCAGCAGCAGCAGCGCGCGUCGGCCACCGCCAACGCGGCGACGCCGUCGACGUCGACCAAGCGCGAGCGCGACAAGGACGACCUGCGUCCGCCGCCGGCCAAGAAGGCCGCCGCGUCGACGCCGCUCGGGACGCCCUCGUCCUCGUCCUCGUCCUCCGCCGCCGCUGCCGCCGUCGCCGUCGCGCCGCCGUCAUCCGCUCCCGCGAAGCGCUCGGUGUCGCCCAUCCUGGCGCGCAAGAUGAUGCCGGGGUCGUUGAGCGGCGCUGGCUCUGCGACGGCGGCGACGACCGCGCCUCCUUCGUCCUCUGCUUCGGCUUCGGGGCUGGCAGCCCUCCUCCCUCCUCCUCCUCCUCCGCCACCACCUCCUGCACCCGCCGCUCCCGCACUCGCGGCAGCAGCCUCCUCGUCGUCCGCCGCACCCUCCGCUCUCCCACCCGCCCCAGUCCCAGCCUCAGCUCCCGCGCCGCCGUCCGCCCCAGCCCCGGCCCAGACGCCCGCCCCGACGCACAACAAGUUCCGCAUCACGACGACGACCAAGACGGUCGCGACGCCCGUGCCCGUCUCGGCGGGCGCGCUCGCCGCUGCCGCGCAGCAGCAGCGCCGGCGCGAGUCGGGCGAUGCGGCGGUGGGUGCGGGUGCGGGUGCGGGUGCGGGUGCGGGGGCGAGCGGCGGUGGGUCGGGCGCGGGGGACGGUACGGCGCGAGGUGCGGGAGGGCUCGGCAAGAACGGCGCGGCGGGGCCAAAGAGCCCGCUCAAGGGCUCGAGCGCGCUCAAGGGCGGCGGCGGGUCGGCGGCGACGGCGGCGGCGGCGGCGGCGGCGACGGGUUCGAGUGCGGUGGGCGGAAAGGACGGCAAGGAGGUUGGCGGGGCGGGAGGGGCGGGCGCGAGCGGCAAGGACGUCGACAUGACGGGCGUCGUCGUGCUCAAGUGCGACGACCCCGAGGUCAUCAAGCUCAAGGGCCACACGCAGAUGAAGGUCCAGCCGUGCGCGUUCAACUCCAAGGUGCCGUCGCUCCUCGCGACCGGCGGCGCCGACGGCACGUGUCGCAUCUGGGACGUGCCCACGUCUGCGCCGUCGCCGCCCGUGCUCGUCGAGCGCAUCAAGUGCAAGCACCCGUCGUCGUCGCGGCGGGUCGACAUCACGGCCGUCGCGUGGGACCCGUCGGGCUCGCUCCUCGCGACCGCGACCGAGGACGGCAUCGCGCGCAUCUGGACCGUGUCGGGCGACCUGCACCUCGUCCUGUCGAUGCACCAGCGCAGCAUCUCGAGCCUCAAGUGGUCGCCCGGCGGUACCAUGCUCCUCACGGCGAGCCUCGACCAGACCGUGUGCCUGUGGGAGGUGAGCAACGGCAAGGUGCGGCAGCAGUACUCGACCCACUCGGACCAAGUCCUCGACGUCGACUGGAACGACGACGGCAUGUUUGCGAGCACGAGCUCUGACCGUAUGGUGCACCUCCUCUCGACAACGCGCCCGACGCCCUUGCACCGGUUCCGCGGCCACCGCGACGACGUCAACGUCGUCAAGUUCUCGCCGUGCGGUACCCUCGUCGCGUCGUGCGCCGACGACACGACGGUGCGCGUGUGGUCGCUGCGCGGGAUCCCGGCCAUCGCGCGCGAGGUGGGCGCCAAGAGCGGCGUCAGGCGGGGCGACGCGGCGAGGCGGAUCGACGUUGGCGAGGGAGAGGGUGGGGGAGGGGGCGUGUGGACGCUGGAGGGGCACGAGAGCGACGUGCACCAAGUUGCGUGGCACCCGCAGGCGGGCAAAGAGGGGUACGAGGGCCCGAGGCUGCUCGCGUCUUGCUCGUUCGACUCGACGGCCAAGCUGUGGGACGCCGACAGCGGCACGCUCCUGCACACGUUUGCGCGCGCGACCGACUUUGUCUACUCGAUCUCGUUCGAGCCGGCCUUGGGCAGGUUCCUCGCGACGGGCAGCAACGAUGGGAGGUUGGACGUGUGGAGGGUCAAGGACCGCGCCCUCGUGUCCGAGUACACGCACUCGGGCGAGAUCUACGAACUCACGUGGCACCCUCACGGGCGACAGCUCGCCGUGUGUGGCGGGACCGAGGAGGUUGCGGUCGUGCCGCUCGCGCUGUGAGGUGCUGCUUGAGGCGGGAGGGGCGAGGGGGAGGGCGAGGGAGAGGGAGAGGGGAGGGGAAUGAGAUGGGUUUGCGCG